AUGCAAAUUGGACAACAGAGCCUCAUGGAUGAUUCACAAGUGUCUUCCACCUUUGACUUUGUGAUUGGUGGCAAAUGGCGCCUAUUACGUAAAAUUGGUAGUGGAUCAUUUGGUGCUAUCUAUCUUGGGGUCAAUAUUCAUACCGCCGAAGAGGUCGCCGUUAAGCUGGAACGGGUGAAUGCUAGACAUCCGCAACUAUAUUUUGAAAGCAGAGUGUACAGAGUCUUACAGGGCACUUCUGGUAUACCUCAGGUGUUCUUUUACGGUCUCGACGGCGUGCGAAAUACACAUCAUGCACUAAUCAUGGAUUUGCUCGGACCAAGUUUAGAAGAUUUGUUCUCCUUUUGUGGUCGUCGGUUCACAAUGAAAACUGUUCUAAUGCUUGCCGAUCAAAUGCUAUGGCGGUUGGAUUUUUUGCACGCGCGAAAUUUCAUUCAUCGGGACAUUACGCCGGACAAUUUUCUCAUGGGUAUCGGCGGAAAUUGUAAUAAAGUAUUCCUGAUUGAUUUUGGAUUAGCCAAGAAGUUCCGAGAUUCACGGACACGCAGGCAUAUUGCUUAUCGGGAGGAUAGGACCCUGACUGGAACCGCACGCUAUGCCAGUCUGAAUUCCCACAAUGGUAUUGAACAGUCUCGGAGAGACGACCUGGAAUCUUUGGGUUACGUCUGUAUGUAUUUCAUCCGUGGUAGUCUUCCUUGGCAAGGUCUCCGGGCGGCAAACAAAGCACAAAAGUAUGAACGAAUCUACGAAAAAAAGGCGAGCACUCCGAUUGAUAUGCUCUGUCGUGGCUAUCCACCAGAAUUUGCAAUCUAUCUGACUCAUUGUCGCAGUCUUCGUUUUGAUGAAGCACCUAACUAUGGUUUUUUACGUAGCAACUUUCGUAACCUAUUCCGUACAUCUUCCUUCGUAUGGGACUACGUAUUCGAUUGGACUCUGUUACGACAGAAAGCAUCGGCUAUGCAGCAGCAACAACAAACGCACACUGCACUUCAACAUACUGUUGGAGCCACGGGUGCGACCGGAACUAGCCGAGAUCAACAUCCAACCGCAACUGGUGCAUCCGGUAUCAUACUGACCUCGAAUACAGCAGCCACCGGUCCGGCGGUAACUGGGGCCGCUGCGGUCAAUUCGAAUGCGGCCGCGAUUAUUGCGGACAACGGCACCAAGGGGAUCAAAGAUUUGAGUUAUACGUACCAAGCUGAAACAACCGCAGCACGGUCUGAUUAG